AUGUGCGAUUAUUAUUGUUGGUCACAAAACAAUUAUUUUGAUUUAUUUCAGGAAUCGGAUCAAAGGCAAAUACCAAUGAAAGUAAGGUUAGCCAGUUACUUGAAGCAAAAAAAUUCUGCCACGCAAUCGAGCUCAGAUGAAAGAGAUCGCAAUCAAGAAUCUUCAGCUACUAUGUGCGAUAAGCAGUUCAGAUGCGUAGGAUAUCUGCGAGAUCAUGAAAGUAAACAUACGGAGGAAAAGAACGAAUGUAAAGUGUGCGAUAAUCGACUGAAACAUGCAGGCGGUCUGCGACAUCAUAACGCAACAGAUAGCAGUGAAGGGAAACAUAAAUGUAACGAAUGCAAUAAAGCAUUCAAGCUGGCCAGCUAUCUGAAAAGUCACGAACGAGCGGUGCACAGAAAAGAAAAACCAUUCAAAUGUGACAAAUGCAACAAAACGUUCGCACGGAAUGGAGAUCUGAAAAGUCACGAACGGACGCACAGAAAAGAACGACCAUUCAAAUGUGACGAAUGCAACAAAAC